GGUCAACUAAUAUAUGAAUAAUGAUGAGUUUGUUUUUCUUUCAGGUUAUUUGGUGCAAUGAAUUCCAAAGCUGUUACAGGGAAGUGCCGUCGCAGUAAACGCCAAGCAGGUCUUGAUGUUAGUCCUGAGGUUUCUUUAGUUCAGAAAAAACCCAAGAAAAAUGCUACAAUCCCGACCCUGGACGAAGACUAUUAUUCAGAAGAAGAAACAGAUCGUCAGGAAGUGGAAGAAACAGAACCUGAAAAAGUCGAUGAAACUGGACCUGAAGAUAUGGGAGUUGAAGAUGCUACCCCAGAGACAGAAGAUGAAGGUGUAGAUCCUGAAGAUGUUACACAAGCAGAGAGAGAUGUUAACGAAGAUGACGACGAUGAAACACAACCACCAUCACAACAAGAACAAUUCAGUAAUCAGUCGGAGCCACAGAGACAGACACAGACAGAGCAGUCCGAUAACACAGUCAAGAAGACUAGAGGGCCAACAAAAAUGCGCAAAGUAGCUAAGCAUAUAGAGGACAAGGUUGACGUGGAGUUUAAUGCUCUAGGUGAGCAUGUUGGUCGUGGGUCAGUUACACUCUCAUCUUUCCUAGGUCCUCUCGUGAGAGAGCAUGUCCCAGUACUUCUAGAUGACUGGAGACAUCUCGAUGAGAAAACAAAAGACGCUUUGUGGGAGGAAAUUCAGGGAAGAUUCAACUUGAAAGAAGAAUGGAAAAAAGAUGUUGUUUUUAAGCAGAUUGGUUGUUUGUGGAGGGCCUCUAAAUCCAGAUUGUCUUCGAAAGUCAGAGCUACCAAAAACAAGGCUCAACUACAGAUAAUUAAGCCCAGCAACAUACAAUCUGCGACUGCGUGGAACAAUUGGGUUAAAGGAAGAUGUACCACAGCUUUUAAGGAACAAAGUGAUAAAUACCGGGAACUCAGGAAGGGACAAAUUCCUCAUACCACUAGCCGUAAAGGGAUGAUUCGACUUGCAGAUGAGAUGAGGAAAAACAGUAGUGAUCCUAGAAAGGUAACUAGAACAAAGGUUUGGGUCGCUGGUCACACGCAUUCUGAUGGAAGACCUGAGAAGAUUAAGAAAAUUGACAGUGAAAUGGGGUCAAGUUCAGAUAAUGUCGGUGAAGAUGCUGUCACUCAGGUGCUAGGAAAGGAUAAACCAGGAAGAAUUAGGGGGAUGGGGAGAGGGGUUACUGCAACCAAGUUGGCAUUCUUACAUGCUAGAGACUCCCAUGUUCAGAAGCUUCAAGAUACACAAGCAGAACUAAUCAACAAGAUUGAAGAUUUGCAAAAUGUGGUCAAAGACUUAGCCGGCCAAAAGAAAAAAAACGAUUAUCGUUCUACCUAUGAAGUAAGUGAUAUUAGCAAGGGAGGAAUAAGGUGCCAACUACUUGAUUGGGUUUCGAAUGAUGAUGUCGUUGUUGCUGAAGGAGAAUACCACUCUAGUGAACCCUAUUAUAAGAUUGGUCGAAUUCCAUUGGGUCCAAAUGCGGCUGCUGUAGUAGUGAAGUCUGUCUCAGUAGAAACAGCAUCUAUAUGGAGACCUACAGCAACUUGUGCUAGGCUUGCUCAGGCGGUUGGAGUGAAAAUUGCAUGGCCAGCUUAUAAGAUAAUCCUGGACGAUGAUAUUGACUUAGCAAGCAAUGGUAACAUCAACGGAUCAGAGCCUACUGAUGCGUCUUUUGGAAAAGUUCAAAUCUUUGACUACUGGAAAUCAGAAGAAGAAUUAAUUGCUGAGGGUGUAUUGUUGUCGACUGAUCCUGUUGAACUAGUGAACCAAGUACCGCUAGGACCGAAUGCUGCAAUUCUUAGAGUGGAUUUGGUUGUGAAAUCUGAUGCUUUUAUUUGGAGACCUACUCGUGAAAUGAUCAAGAUGGGUGAUGCCCUACAUGGGAAAAUUGCAUGGCCUAUCGAUAAGAUACUAUUACCUGAUGAAGAUUCACCAAAAGAAUCAAACAAGAAUUCCAUUCAGAGUGGUAGUAACAGCAGUGGUUGUAGCAGCAAAGGUGGUAAACAGAAGUGCGCUCUCUUGGACUGUAAUAACUCUGGACACAGAGUGGCUUUAGGUCGUGUGUUCUCAACUGAUCCAGCAGAGAAGGUGCAUUUCGUCCCUUUAGGUCCCAAUGCUUCUAAGGUUUGGGUAGAGGUUUCCGAGUACGAUGGGGCACGAGUGUGGAGGCCAAACUCAGAAAUUGAAUACAUUGGUGAUGCAGUUGGAAGCACGGUGGCUUGGCCAAAUGACAAGCUUGUUUUAUUGUAAGAAAGAUAUGUUGCUUUUGAACUUGUUAUGCUAUUAUGCUAGUUGCAGCACACUUUGAACUUGUUAUGCUAUUAUGUAAUAUUUGACAAGAAUGUUUUAAUGUUGAAUCUUUGAAGUUUAUGUUUCAUAAUAUAAUGUCUGACAAAAAAAAAUCGAGUCUAUAUAAAAAUAAAUAUAUAUAAAUUAUAAAAUGAAAUUAUUUAAAUAUGCUAUAUAAUAGCAUCAAUAUUAGCUGCUAUGAUUUCAAAAUAAUAUAUAUAGCAGGAACUAUUAAUUGCUAUAUAUGAAUUAAAAAUAACUUCUCGAAAACGCUGUUAAUAAUAUAACUAAUAACAUUAAUGACGCGCUAUUAAAUAGGUUACUAUUGCAAAUAAAAGCGCUAUCGAUUCCGAAGAAACGAUAGCACCGCGAAAAAGUGUUAUCUAAUGUGUCAUACCUACUAUGACGGACGAUGAUACAUCGUUCCUUAAACCGCUGUUAAAUCGUUAGAUAACGUUUUUCGUCCGCUAGUAAAGCCCAUUUUUCUUGUAGUGUUGUUUGAUUUUUUUAUCAAUUAAUUUAGUAAAACUUCAUAAUAAACGGAGACAACAAAGGCUUCAAACCUCUUUGACCUUCAUCAUAUGAUAGUGCAGGAUGCAACUAUGCAUUAAAACAUUAUUGUCAUAUUUUAGAAUUUUCCUCAAAAUCUUUGUGUUAACCUAUACUAAAAUAUUGAAUUUUUCGGUAAAUGCUCUAUAUACUGAAUUCCGUGAUCUUUAGUGUUGUUUUAAAAUUUCUAAACACACUCCACAUUUGUAUUAAUGUAUAGUUGACUAUAUUUCAUUGUACAUGGGCAUUGUUUAAGUUUUUUAUCAAUUAAUUUAGUAAAACUCCAUAAUACUCUCUAAAUUGGUGGACUAACAACCACUAUAAAAUCGCUAUUCUCUAAAGAAACGUAGACAACAAAGGUUUCAAACCUCUUUGACUUUCAUCAUAUGUUAGUGCAUGAUGCAACUAUUCAUUAAAACAGUAUUUUCAUAUUUUAUAUUUUUUUUCUCGAAAUCUCUGUGUAAAAUAUUGAGU